AUUCUCUGCAUCAAGUGUUUAUAAGGAUUUUACUUCCUGCUCUGGUUUCACAGUGUCUCCGAUACUGUGUGAAAUCCCUUCAGGUGCUGUAACAAUGGAUCCUGCAGCUUUAGAGGAUGAAUUAACCUGUGCUGAGUGUCUACAGGUGUACCAGGAUCCUGUAAUUCUGCCCUGUCAGCACAGUUUCUGUUUGAAAUGUAUUAAGAGAGUUUGGGCCCACACAGCAGGCCCAGGAAGGUUUGAGUGUCCUCAGUGUCGCCGUAAAUUCAACUCCAGGCCCAGUCUGGAGAGAAACUUUACUUUGUGUAAUAUAGUGGAAAAAUAUAAUCACUCACAGCCUCCUGUUGGUCAUGUCGCAUGUGAUUACUGUGAUAGUAAUCCAAACCCAGCUGUGAAGACUUGUCUGAAAUGUGAAAUAUCUCUUUGCUCCCCUCAUUUAAAGCCACAUUUACGGAACAAGGCUUUCAGUGGACAUACUCUCAUUGAACCUGUGUCUGACCUUACAGGCAGGCAGUGUCCUGACCAUAAGGAAAUCCAAAAGUUCUAUUGUAAAGAUGAUGAAGAGUGUGUGUGUGUUUCCUGUGCAAUAAUAGGGAAACAUAAAUCCCACACAUUGCUGAGCCUGGAUGAGGCAAUUAAGGUAAAAUUGGAGGGAGAAAUCGAGAAACUUCAGGGAGUCCAGCAGAAUUGUUCCAACAGGCAGCGAGACUUGGAGAGAUCAGAAGCUGAAAUAAAGACACGAGUCAAUGAGCUGAAAGGAAAGUUAUCAAAGAGCUUCUCUAAAUGGAGGAGAAAGCUGGGAGAAGAUGAAAAAUCCACAUUGAAACUGAUUGAUGAGGAGGGGCUCCGAGCUCUCUCACAGAUUAGAAGGUAUUCUGAAGCGUUAAACAAGAGGAUGGAACAGAUUACAUUAAUAGAUGGAGAAACCCAGAGCCUGGUACUGAAGGACCCUCUCUCUUUUAUUCAGAACUCGAAGCAGCUCCUUUCCAGAGUGACUGAGACUCAGAGAGUCACAGACCCAGAUGUUCCAGCACUCACCCUGAACCUGUCCAAUGUAUCUCAACUUAUCCAGAAGAGUCUGAAUGGAUGGGAAGUGUACCAUUCAGACAUAUUGGGAAUCAUCAGGAAAACACCAUUGAGCCUGGAUCCAAAGACAGCAAACUGCAACUUGAUUCUGUCUGAUGAUCUGAGAUCAGUAAGAUGGACUGAACAUGAACAACCCCAGCCACCUCAUCCAGAGAGGUUUAAAAAAUAUCCUCAAGUCCUCUGCUCCCAGAGCUUCUCCUCAGGAUCCCAUUCCUGGGAUGUGGAUACUGAUGGAAAUAACUGGAGAAUAGGGCUUGUCUGUCAGAGUGUGGAGAGGGAGGGGGUGAAGUCUGAAUUUGGGAACAACAGUAAGUCCUGGUGUUUGGAUUUUUAUGUUGAUUCUCUCAGCGCCGUGCACAAUUGCCAGUUUUCCCCCCUCCCACUGAUCCGUAACCCCAGAAUACAAGUCCAGUUGAACUAUGAGGCUGGGACUGUGUCAUUUCACCAGGUCACUGACUCACUGAGACAAUUACACACAUUUCAAACCACUUUCACUGAACCUGUGUUUCCAGCAUUUCAUUGUAGGAACAAAUCCCUAAAACUGUUAAAUUCAUCCUAAUAUUGAUACUCUGACAUCACUUCCUGUCUUGGGUGCAUGGGCCUCAGAAACAUCACUUCUGGAUUGGCUUGGUUCUCUGAUGUUGUACUUCUGGGUCGGUUUGGGGUCUCUGAUGCAUUCUUGCAUUAAUCAUGGUUGAAUUCCUCAUAUUAACUUUAGGUUUUAAUUGAGUUUCAGUCAGCAAUGUUCAGUUAGUAAAAGGGAUUCCAGUGAGACAGUGUUUUCACUGAGAGGCCAUAAAACUGCCUCCGUUAGCUGUAGCCUUGAAAAGGCACCUGCCAUAGAUAUGAAAAGUUAGUCAAGUUAUGCGGAGUUCCUCCUCCUUCGGGUACCGUGUGUUGGCGAUCAUGGAUUUCCAUUGUAUUGGUCCAUGAUUAUGCUUGGCAAAUUACUGCAGUGGUUUGCCGUUGCCUUCUGCAGUAUGACUGAUCAGGAAACUUUCCAGCUCUUACCGCCUGCUAUCAGGCCUAUUGGAAGGAUUUACAGACUGAUAAGCAACCCACCUGGCCAUGUUAUGAACGCACCUUCCAUGGCCAUCAAGUCCCAACAUGGGGCUUUAAUAAGUGGAGUUACUCUCAUUUAAACUGCAGUUACUGUGGGUAAUUGGAUGAGAUAAUACUUUGAAAAACAUGGAUCCUCAUGUAGUGAGAGUGAAAGAAAGAUAUAAAAAGAGACUGGUAGAAUAGACACUUCAGAAUUCAACAAGGCUUGGCCAGCUGAUCCCCUCGAACUCAAAACCUGUGACCCCGUGAAUUCUCCAGGCUUGUACUGUCAGUGUCUCAAACAUAUUGGUAAUUAUUAAUAAUAAUUAUCUUGUAUAUAUGUAAUUAUUGAUAAACAGAUAUUGUAUUUCUGAUUAUUCAUAAUAGUUAUCAUUGAUUAGUCAUUAUAUUUGUGAUUAUUAAUGUGUGAUAAUUGUUAAUAUUUUUAAUUUUAUAUUUAAUUCUUAUGAAAGGCAAUAAAUGCCUUUAAAGCCUUU